CAGAAAUGCAGAAAAACAAAAAAGGAGAAGAAAUCCGACGCAGAAAAGAAUCAAAACACUUUUCUGAAGAAAUCUGACUUCAUUCAAUCAUACUCUGCAACAGCAGCAGCAGCAGCAACUGCAAGACCAAUCCAUAAAUCUUUUCUCCUCGGAUUCCAUUUUCACCGCAGUAAUUAGUAAUUACUAUUCCACCAAGAAUCAGUAUUAUUUGAAAUAAUAUUAGUAUGUAGUUGAAUUUUAAAAAUGGCGAUGACAAACGGCAGAGUUUUUUUUCCUUACUAAUUUAAAGAAUUGCUGCAGAAACAAUUCUGUGAUCACAGUCAUCAAAAAGAGCGUUUCUUUGCAUUUUUCUUUUCAAAUUCCUUUCCUCCUUUUUCCGCCGUAUAAUAAAGAAGAAUACAUAUUACAUUAUACAAAGCUUUGCUAUAUAUACGAGAAAGCAAUUUGCUGUGUAAACUUCUCCUGUUAUAUUUUUAUUGUUAAAAACAUUUUUCUUCUUCUCGUUGCGUUUCAAUUGCUUUGCCAGAAAAUCACGCCAGCGGAUUGGAAUUUGAUCCCAAGCGUAUGUGCACGGGUUUCUGCCGAGGUUGAAAGAUUUAAUUUUUAUUGAAAUUUGAUAUCUGGUGCCGCGAAUUUUAUGCCCGCGUUUGGUUUUGAUUCAGAUCUGCAAAUGCUAGACUGCAGAAUUGGGAAUCCAUGUCGGAAACAUUGUUUCGCGGGUGAGUUUGUGUUAAAUUGGGUGUGGAUUUGAUUGGGAUUUGAAGGGUUUUUUCUUAUGCAUAAAUAUGGAAGAGAGUAUGAGAUCAGGGGGUGGUGUGUUGAAGAAGAAGAAGAAGAAUUCGUCAGGGUGUUUGAUUAUUAAAAAGAAGGUAGAAAAUGGGAAUUCGGGUGGGGUGUGGGAGGGUUUGAGUAGUCAUGGUAAUGAGAGAAAGAGGCCGAGGUUCGUUGCAGGCGGCUUCGGCGCGAGUGAUGAAGAUGAGUCAUUGGGGUUUAUGAAGAGAAAAGUGAAUGGCAAGAGCUUGCACAAUGGCUCCAUGGGUUACAGGAGGAGUGAGUUUGAGAAUAGGGUGUAUGAGAGGAGCAAUGAUGGGAUUGAUCUUGGUGAUGAGAGGAGGAGAAGGAGGAGGAGUGAGUUGGGUUCGUACGAGUUUGAUGAGUAUCAUGAAUAUGAUGAGAGAAGGAUGAGAGACGAGUAUUUGGAGGAUAGGUAUAAGAUGGUUGGGUGUAGAGGUGGUGAGAAUUCGAAGGAUUUUGUCAUCGGAUCAUCACGUGGGAAUCUGGUGGCGGAUAGACGGCAUAGUUUCCAUUUUGAUGGAUCUGGUAGUGGGAGGAGCAAGGGGGGUGAACAUACUGGUUUGAGGAGUAAAGGAUUUGACUUGGAGGAGGUUGAGGAAGAAAUGCCGGCUUCAUUGUUAAGGUCGAAGCAUCCAGAGGUGGCUGACGAGCCCAUCAGGCUGCAGGGGAAGAAUGGGGUGUUGAAGGUGAUGGUGAAUAGGAAGAAGAAGGUGGAGUUACAUUCUCGUCAUAGUAGGUAUGAUUCGAGGGGAGUUGAAGAAAGAGCACGUUGUUGGUCAGAAGAUGUACCCAAGAAUGGCUUGUUGUUUAAAAUGCCCGUUUAUCCGGUUCCAAAGCCACCAGAAAACCGAGGUUUGUGGGUGGAGAAGGAGAAAAUGGAUGUAAAGUUGGAAAAAGUAAAACCAAAAUUGAGUAAAGGCAUCAAGAUUAGAGAGUCAGAAAUCAGUGGCAUGAGUAAAGGCAUCACGGUCAGAGAGAUGGAAACUGAUGUUGCUGAUACAGCACUUAAGCUGGCACCACCAGGUCUUCAAGUUUCUAGCUCGAAGAAAGCGGUGAAAAAGGAGGAAGAAAGAGCACCAUUAGAGAAUAUCACCCCUGUUAAAGGGAAAGAAGGGAAAGUGAAGCGUGGUGGAUGUACUGAAAAGCAAAUGUUGCGAGAGAAGAUUAGGGAAAUGCUAAUUGAUGCCGGGUGGACUAUAGAUUAUAGACCUAGGCGGAACAGAGAUUACUUAGAUGCUGUGUACAUUAAUCCUAGUGGAACAGCCUACUGGUCAAUUAUUAAGGCUUAUGAAGCACUUAAGAAACAGCUGGAAGAAGAUAAAUCUAAAAGUAAAUUGGUCAUUGAAUCUCCUUCGUUUGCUCCUCUUUCUGAAGAUCUGAUCAAUAAACUGACUAGGCAGACAAAAAAGAAGAUUGAGGAAGCAAUGAAAAGGAAGAGAAAAGAGGAUGGGCUGACUAAAAGUGCUAAGAGAUCUUCUGGUAGGGAUGAUGGAGAGAGCUCAGACAGUGAUCAGAAUGAGGAGAGACUCAGUUCCUGUAGAAAACAGAAUUAUAAGUCGCAGGGAAGCAAAUUUCCUGAUAUGGAUCAAGGGAGUGAUGGUGAAUUAAGUAAUGAUUCACCAAAAAGAAAAUCCAGGAAAACAAAAGUUGACAUAAAUACUUCUGUUUCCAAUUUUAAUGUCUUACAGGGAAGAACAAGUAAAGUGAUUGGCAGAUGCACACUUCUGGUUCGUCGCUCUGAUAAGGGGGAGAACUCGGAGUCUGAUGGAUAUGUUCCAUAUAGUGGAAAAAGAACUGUACUGGCCUGGCUAAUUGAUUCAGGGACAGCACAGUUGAGUGAAAAAGUGCAAUAUAUGAACCGCAGAAGGAAUCGGGUGAUGCUAGAAGGCUGGAUCACGAGAGAUGGCAUCCACUGUGGUUGCUGCAGUAAAAUCCUUACAGUUUCAAAAUUUGAGCUGCAUGCUGGCAGCAAGUUGCGCCAGCCUUUCCAAAACAUAUUUUUGGAGUCCGGACCCUCUCUUUUGCAAUGCCAAGUAGAUGCCUGGAAUAGACAGGGGGAGUCUGUGUGUCGAGAUUUCCAUACUGUUGGUGUUGACGGGGAUGAUCCAGAUGAUGAUGCCUGUGGCAUUUGUGGUGAUGGAGGUGCUUUGAUCUGUUGCGAUAGUUGUCCGUCAACUUUCCAUCAGAUCUGUUUAGAAAUACAGAUGCUUCCUUUGGGUGAUUGGCACUGUCCAAGUUGUAUAUGCAAAUUUUGUGGGGACAGUGAUGUUGAUGAACUUACAAGAUGCAGCUUCUGUGAGGAAAAAUAUCACAAAUCUUGUAGUAAAGAGGUGCUUGCUUCAUCUAUGAGUUCGAAUGGUGCAUCUUUUUGUGGGCUGCAGUGUCAAGAGUUUUAUGAUCAUUUACAGAAGAUUCUUGGAGUCAAACAUGAACUGGAAGGAGGAUUUUCAUGGUCUCUUAUUCAGAGAACAGAUGUGUCUGAUACCUCACACCGAGGGUUUCCUCAAAGGGUUGAAUCAAACUCCAAGUUAGCUGUUGCAUUAUCUGUUAUGGAUGAAUGUUUUUUGCCCAUUAUUGACAGGAGAAGUGGGAUUAAUAUGAUCCGCAAUGUUGUCUAUAACAUCGGAUCAAACUUCAACCGUCUGAAUUACUGUGGAUUCUAUACCAUAAUUUUAGAGAGGGGUGACGAAAUAGUUUCCGCAGCAUCUAUAAGGAUCCAAGGGACCCGUCUGGCUGAGAUGCCAUUUAUUGGGACUCGUGAAAUCUAUAGACGGCAAGGAAUGUGCACGCGUCUUCUGUCAGCAAUUGAAACAGAACUUCGAUAUCUCAAAGUCGAGCAAUUGGUCAUUCCCGCCAUAUCGGAUCAUACGAACACAUGGACUUCGGUUUUUGGUUUUCAUCAACUCGAGGAUGUGCUCAGGAAAGAAAUAAAGUCCAUGAACAUGUUGGUGUUUCCGGGGACAGACAUGUUGCAGAAACCAUUGGCUAAGCAUUCUGAUGAUAUGAAGGUUUCUGAAUCAAUUAAGAACCAGUCCCAGUUGCCUGUUAUGAUCGAAAAAUCGGAUGUUGAUUCGCCCAUGGAGUAUGAGAAACAGAUGAGUAAUGAUUCUGGAGUGGGCCACGAAACCAAGACGAACGACAAAGUUAGUGAUCUGGACUCUGGCUUUCCAGCACCAGCUGCUCCUAAUAAUAAGAUGGAAGCUAGUGCUUCAGAUUCUGUUCGUGAACCUAUUACAGCUCUCGCCUGCAACAGAGCUAUCGCGGUCAAGUCUGAGGUGAAAGACAAUCAAAAUGAACUCUCUGCUAGCUCGAAUUUCCCUCCUACUGUCCAUGAAGGCAAAAGCAUCGACCUGCAAAAUGGGUUGCAGGCUCCUUGUCUGAAUUCUAUUCGCGACUCUGUGACUGUGGCCAGUGGAGAGGCGAAUCAUUUCGCUCUAGAUACUGCAGAAUCUACGAGUGGUGAUAUAGGUGGUUCCUCGGUGAAGGUUUCUGAAGCACCAGUAAAUAAUGGUACUGUUCUUGAAGCAUCUUCACUUAGUGCUACAAAUGGAAAUAUGAAAGUUUUGGUUAAUUGUGCUUCCACAUCUGAUUCUAAACUCGCUCCCAUGGAAUCCUCGAUCCUUGAUGAUGUCGAGGCCCUUUCCAUGAAGAGAAGUCUCGAAGUCUCACCUGAAGUCUGUUUAAAGGAUGUUUCCCAGAAAGUGGACUUAAAUCACAAUCCCACCCCUAAAUCAACUUUGCUCGAUUCUGGAGACGUCAUCCAGAUUCAAAACGACCUUGUGGUCUCUCGUGCAGCUCCAGAGGAAGCUGCUGCAGAAACUGAGACGGCCCUUGUGAUCGAUGGAGAAGCUGCAUCUUUGUUGUCUUCUGAAUCUUUGGCUCGGAAUGCUGCUGCAGAUGGUGAAAACAACAGGUAGUUUUCCUCUUGAAAGGGCAUCGGCCUACUCGGCUUUAGAUGCUGUGGAUGAGCAAAUAGAAGAAACACUAUUAGGUUUACAGUUCUUUGAGGGUAUCACUGCAGGCUACUCUGCAGUUUCGUCGUGUCGUAUUUGAAGUUCGAAUCCUAACAACGCCUUCGAUUUCCGGCCCCACAUUGUUCGACUGAUUGUCUGCUGACAAUGGCUACUAUGAAAGCAUCAUCAGAUUCAACUAGCAAGCCUUGUAGCUCAGGCAACAUUUUUAUUUUUUUUGAUUUGGCCAUUUAUAUCAUGUAUGUAGCUAUCAAUCUGGUAAUUUGUAUAUACAUAGAUUAUUUUGUCAGCAGAAGUCUCAAUUUUUCAUUUAUUGGAAUGAGAAUCUGAUUCCAUGUUA